UUCUUCUUCUCCUACUGAGCCUACAGGCCAAAGCCCUUUUCUCCUCUCUCCUCUCUCCUCUCCUCGGUGCCCGGCGCCGUUGCCUUCGCCGGCCUAGGCCUUUCCGACGACGGCUCCCUCUUUCCUUCCCUUUCCUCUUUUCUUCUCUUCUGCCUUCCUUGUGCAGCCAGUUUCCUGUCUUUCUUCUUCUCGGGGUGCAAAGUCUCCUUCACUCUUAAAACUGCAUAAAUACCUCGAAAUCUAUCCUAUCCGUAUCACCCACCUCUCUCUCUCUUCUCUAAGAAUCCAUUAAUUCAGGUGUCAUUACCCUGUAGAGGGACAAUUUUAAUAUUUGUUAUAUAUUAUCCUAUUUUAUCUUACUAAAAAAGUUGAAAAGAAAAUCUUAAAAGGAAGAUCGGUGAACACGCUGAAAAAACUACACUAACUCGUUGAAGAUGUUGGUCUUAUCCUGCGCUACACCUGUUUAUACUACGCACUCUCUCAAAUCUUCAAUACCCAAGUCUACAGCAAUUCGUUCAAGCUUUAAUUGUGACCACCCCUUUGUCCCAGAGGUUGCAAAAGUUGUGGAUUCAUUGUACUCGGAAUUCAGAGCUGUGGACAAUUUGGUAGCUUGCAAUUCCUCUCGUGUUCUCAAAGCUUUUCAAAAUGCUCGGGUUGGAUCUCAUCACUUUGCUGGGUGUACUGGCUAUGGUCAUGAUGAAGCUGGGGGACGAGAAGCACUUGACCAAGCAUUUGCAGAAAUUGUAGGGGCUGAGUCAGCAAUAGUGCGUUCUCAGUUCUUCUCAGGUACUCAUGCUAUCACUUGUGCACUGUUUGCUUUUCUAAGGCCAGGGGAUGAGCUUUUGGCAGUGGCUGGUGCUCCUUAUGACACCUUAGAGGAAGUUAUUGGAAAGAGGCAUUCUCAUGGACUGGGCUCCCUGAAAGAUUUUGGAGUGAUGUAUCGGGAACUUCCUCUUGCUGAAGAUGGUGGACUUGACUGGGAUGCACUUGCAGGUGCUUUGAGACCUCACACGAAAUGUGCACUCAUACAAAGGUCAUGUGGUUAUUCAUGGCGUCGCAGUUUAAGUGUAAAUGAGAUAGGGAGGGCAAUAAAGAUAAUCAAGAUGCAGAACCCUAACUGCUUGGUCAUGGUGGAUAACUGCUAUGGUGAAUUUGUGGAAAGCAUUGAACCUCCAAUGGUGGGUGCAGAUUUGAUUGCAGGAAGUUUGAUAAAGAAUCCUGGUGGAACUAUUGCACCAUGUGGUGGAUAUGUUGCGGGGAGAAAACAGUGGGUUGAUGCUGCAGCAGCUCGUCUCUCAGCACCUGGCCUGGGGGUUGACUGUGGCUCAGCCCCUGGUGAUAUUAUGCGAGCCUUUUUCCAGGGUUUGUUCCUGGCACCACAAAUGGUUGGUGAGGCAAUUAAGGGAACCUUUCUGGUUUCUGAAGUUAUGGCUUCUGAAGGGUAUAAGGUGCAGCCACUUCCUCGUGUCCCCCGUCAUGAUACAGUACAGGCAGUGCAGCUAGGAAGCCGUGAACUUCUCCUUGCUUUCUGUGAAGCUGUGCAAAGAAGCUCCCCAGUAGGUUCAUUCACUAAACCAGUUGCGGGUACAACUCCAGGAUAUGCAUCAGAGGUUAUCUUUGCGGAUGGAACCUUCAUUGAUGGGAGUACAAGUGAACUCUCUUGUGAUGGACCAUUAAGAGAACCAUUUGCUGUGUAUUGCCAGGGUGGUACCCACUGGACUCAAUGGGGAUUAGUUCUGGGCGAUGUUCUGAAAUCUCUCAGAUAUGAAAUCUAAAUUUGAUCAAUACGGAAGCAGAAGUGUUUCAUCGAUAUUCAUCAAAGGGCAUAUGCUUUUCUACACUUGGCAUUGGAGUUUGUACAUUUGCGGCAUUAUUAGCACAGCUGUUGUCAGAAUUUGCUUAAGCAUGGAAUCAAAGCUUGGUCAAUCUGGACCUUUUGAGGUACAUGAACAACAAUCUUUUCAUUUUUCACCAUCUUACUGUGUGUGUUUGUUUCUUAUUUACAACAGCAUAUUGACUUGCUAUGGGAGUUAUGAAAGCAUUUCCAAACAUUUCUAAAACUUGUAACAACCGCUAUCCUUUGAGCUGAUUUCACGAUAGCCUCAUGAAGAAACUGAUCUCCCUUUUCUGGAUAGGUUUAUGGCUCACUAUCAGCCGGAAUAUCUAAUCGAAGUGCUAGGGGAAACCGAGAAAAAUUCUGGAUGCUACAUCAGGAGAUGGAUGCUGGACAAACUUUAAAUGUAUCACAGGAAAGUCCAUGGAUGUUUAGUUACAGGAAAACAUUGGAUGUGAAGAUAAAAUUUGAUAGAUGGUAUUGAAAAUUUUUUCCAUGACAAGAUUAUUCAUUGAUAUUCUAGUUUUUGCGCCA